UUAAAGCAGGGGGUGUGUUGUGGGAGGGGGUGGGAAGCUGGAGCAAACAGGACCAGGACGUGGGGGAGCCGAAGAGACAGGAGUAACCUAUGUGCACAGCCUUUCUAUAUACUAUGUCCUGGUGAAACUGCUAGUAAAGGACAGCAUCAGACAAGAGAAAGAGCAGCUCCUCAAAUCCUGCUCAAGGAAGGUCCAGAAAUCCCAGACGUCCCAUCGCCUUCUUGCCUCCUCUGCUCAGAGCUGCACAUCAGUUCACGUGGACAGAUUGAAGGGUAAAUGUGCAAACGUUUAUGGGACCGAACAUUAAGUGUAAAGGAGGAUUCUGGCAGUUGGGCUGAUUAUGUGAAAGAAGACAUAAGACAUGUUUAAUACUCAGCAGGAUGCUCGGCAUAUAUUUGAUCUGUACAGAAAAGGAGCUCUGGCAACGUCUGCUGAGACUUUUCAGUAAGAAAUGCUUCCAAAAAAAAAAAGACCAACUUUCUAAAAUCAUAUUCAGGAUUAGGCGGCUGUAACAUUGCCAUUCAUCGCCGAGGCUCCUGGUUUCAGCUUGUCUGCUUGGUUCCCAGCCAGUCUUGGGUGUUCAGGUAGCAGCUGUUGACUGGGAGUGCCUCUCCAGCCUGCAUUCCUUGCCUAUGAAUUUUGCAGCCUGUUUAUCUGAUGAAGAUCUCCCCAUAGUUGACAUGAUGAAAGAAGCAUUAGAAAAACUUCAGCUCAACAUAGUAGAGAUGAAAGAUGAAAAUGCAACAUUAGAUGGUGGAGAUGUCUUAUUCACAGGCAGAGAAUUUUUUGUGGGCCUUUCCAAAAGGACAAAUCAACGAGGUGCUGAAAUCUUGGCUGAUACUUUUAAGGACUAUGCAGUCUCCACAGUCCCAGUGGCCGAUGCUUUGCAUUUGAAGAGUUUCUGCAGCAUGGCUGGGCCUAACCUAAUUGCUAUUGGAUCCAGUGAAUCUGCACAGAAGGCCCUUAAGAUCAUGCAACAGAUGAGUGACCACCGCUACGACAAACUCACUGUGCCUGACGACACAGCUGCAAACUGCGUAUAUCUAAACAUCCCCAGUAAAGGCCAUGUCCUGUUGCACCGAACCCCAGAGGAGUAUCCAGAAAGUGCAAAGGUUUAUGAAAAGCUGAAGGACCAUAUGCUGAUCCCUGUGAGCCAUUCUGAGCUGGAAAAGGUGGACGGGCUGCUGACCUGCUGCUCGAUUUUAAUUAACAGGAAAGCCGACUCCUGAGCCACAGUCCCUCCCUCGUAGCCGGCAGUACUGCGCUCGUAAGGCCGAUAACUGUCCCCACACCUGUCGUUUUCACUGACAAUCUCUUAUGCCACUGCACUGCGAACUCUGGUUGACACGUCUAAGUUUAAUUGCUUCAUUCUGUACCUCCCCCACCCCCUCCCCUCGCGGUGGUAGCUAAACUGUGGAUUUGCUCAAUGAACUAAGCAAUCUAGAAAAUAUAGAGCUAAUGAAUUAUUGAAAUGUGAUUAAUAAUAGUAAGGAAACACUCGUUUUAGUGUUUGUAUCAUCCGUGUGAAAAUCGUUUAGUUGCCAGUGUAUACCGAAGAAUGUCUUCUUGCUCAGUCCGAUCAGCUGGGUUUUCUUUCUGUGUAUCAUUAAUUAUCUUUGGUUCCUGUGAAAUUUCCUGGUCCAUGGAUCCUCCUCCUUUCCCUCUUUUUCUUUUUUUCCUGACAUCUGGAAACUUUCCCACUUCCGUCACAGUCACCUUGACCUUGGGUAGAACCCCGGGUCUCAUCUUCUGCACACCUUCCUGCAGGUUGACCCUGUCUGCCAUCAGUCUUCUCUGCCUCGCGGCUGCAUCUUCUGCUGCCACCACCACUCUCCCCCAGAGGGUCAAGCAGGCCCCUCAGCAGAACCGUGACCAAAAUCAGAGUGGCUGUUCAGGGGAGAGUUCACUGCAGAGAGGCACAUCCCAGUGGGGUUUGCCCCGGAGAUCUAAGUUCUGAAAGCAGGGUACCACACCUAAGGAGGUGAGUUCAGCACCAGAUGGUUGCUGGGGGGUUGCAGAUCAAGCAGCUUGGAAACACCCCAUGGGUACAACACCUUAGAAGGUCUUUAAGUCACAUUCCACGCAUUUUUGCUUCGUUUCUGGCCAUAUACAGACUUUGGAGAAUAGACUUAAUUUUUUCUUUCAGCUCACUAUGAUUUCCCCUCAUUGUGACUCACCCUGUUUCCAGCCUUCUUUUUGCUGAUCUACAGAGUUAUUUCUUUCAAAAGAGGCGUUAUGUCUAAAAAUGAUUAUUGAUGGUCUAGUGUGAGCCAAGUGGAGCGUGUUCAGGAAGUGACAGGCUUGGUGCUUGAAACCAACUGCGGACAAUGGACAAUUCUACUUUGAAGUAUCCAUGAAUAUGUACUGUGGAAUUCAAUUAAAACUUCUUUCCUCUCUCGCCUUCCAAUUACACAACCUUAAACGGACACGAAUCUCUUAACAAAGAACAAUGCCACAGUGAAGGGAGAGAUGGUUGUCUUUUACUUCAACCUGAGAUGGUACUUCCCAAGGAAUGGUGACUGAGUCAGGCAUGUUAUCAAAACUUCCCAGUCAUUUCCACCUUUCCUGUAUUGCCUAUGGCUUGUUGUUUAAGGAUGAGAAUCAGGGAGUUUAAGGAAUGCUACUUCAAGUCUUGCUCUGCUCACGUAAUGCAUUUGUAAUCAGACAUUCCUUAUGUUUGGUGACCAAGAGAGAAUACCUUCAUUCAUUUCAUCUACCCCUGAGCAAAUGGAAGUGAGAAACCUCUCAGCAAACCAAGACACCCUAACCACUAUGUUUUUCAUUUAUUUGAUGAUUUUAGGUCAGACUUUGAAGAAAUUCCUUCUCCUCCUUCUUCUUCUUUUUGUUUGACUUUAAUAUUCAUAUUACAUGCAGAUAUCUAAUUUCAUGCAUCCUAUGACUGAAACAGACCUUGGCCACUGUCAUAUUUCCAGUUGUCUCAUCAUGGGUGACUAAUAUGUUUUUACCACCGAGAGACUGAAUGUUACCCAUGUGCCCAGGUUAAUAAAGAAAAAUUGUCCUCAGCAGUUAAGGUUGCCCUUUGGGGUUAAAUCUGGCCCUAUGCUGGCAAAAACAGAAAUCCUCCCUGGGAGAGUUCAGCAUCUCAAAAACAACCACGGGAAAACUAAUUCAAUCAGCCACUUCAGUCUUAAGAGUAAAGCUAACUGGCAUAUAAUUUUCAAAAUCUUUAUUUCUAUCUUUCCAAAUUAAAGAACCGUUCUCUAUUAUGUUUAAUAAACUGCAAGUGAAUCAAUUUUUCUUUUGAACAAUUUGUUCUACGGAAGGCUGUUCUCACUUUUCCUUUUCUUUGCUUCUUUCCAUCUUUCCUACUCUUUGUCUCAAGAGAUCACUUAGAAUCUAUGUGCCUCUUCUACAGAAUCUUAUUCUGCGCUGCUACGUUACCUACAAGGCUGGUUCUUGGAGUCUCUCCGUGAUAUGGACUCUCUCCAUGAUAUGAUGAUGUGAACACCUAAAAUAUUUGCAACAUAGUAGUACUAUUUCUUUGAUAUACUCAUCAGCAUCAUGUUAUCUUUGAAGAGGAAAGACAACCCGCUACCCCAUUACAUAGGCUCCCUCCUUGUCCAUUGUGAUUUAUAAGGAAAAGCUGACAGAAACUGCUUUUUUGAUAUUAUAAAGACAUUACAAAUUGUAUUUAAAUAAAUGAAAGUUGAGUCAGAAUCACUUGGUCAGUAAGAUUCCACCUACUAAGGACAAUAUAGAGAAAGCACAUGAUUUAGCAUUAUUUCUUCAACUGUGAUGAAUUGCUAUGGAAAACAGCAGGCAGAUCUCUCUACUGUGUAUUAAUUGCUCUUUUAAGCUACUGUGAAGAGAUUACUAAGGCUAUCUCUUCAUCUCGAAGGGGGGAAAUAGUCUGUAGAUGAACAAUGUGACAUUUAGAGUUGCAUGUCAGUCUUUGUAAUUAUUUACUCUUUAACAUUCUACAGAACUCAGAUGUGAUUUCCACAUGGUAUUAGAUUUGUGCAUUUUAUCUUACUGACCAUCCUGUUGCAGCCAAUGUGUGGCUAUCCACUCUGUGUGCCAAAACCAGUAAUGCCUUUUGCGGCCCUUUAGUCCAGAGAAAUUCUGCACUGAUUUUAGUCUCUUGCUGUCCUGAUCCUACAAGUAUACAAUCACGUUGGAAUAAAGUAUGAGUUGUACUGUGA